UGGAGGACCAACUGAUGGCAAAACAGAUCAGACCCUCAAAAUCGGACCCUCGUUCGGUGGUUCCGGCGGUGGGGACAUGUGUCACAAGGGUCCUCCUCGGAGUUUAGCCCACCAGGGAAACGGCGGUUUUGUUGUUGUAUACGCACGAUGGGGAUGCACCGCCCUGCCCAUUUCGAAUUCUGAUAUGGGUCUGACGGAUGUGUAUCCUACAUCAGCCCCGAAUGACAAAAGACAGCCCCGCGAACGUCAGCCCGAUUACCCCAUCGCUGGCUUUGGCGGCAAGGUCGCCACGUCCUUCAGGGUCCGUCGGGUUUACCAGCUUACCACACCAUACAUCAGCCGGUUAUUGUGGUGACGCAUGACUCAAGUCGGCGCUGCUUACCCCGUGCGGGAGAUGGGAACCGCGGCACUGCCAUGGUUUGGUUGCAAGAUGCUGGUUGCAAGCAGGGUUGCA